CUUCGGUGGGCGAUGCCACUUGCUAGUUUCCGGAAUGCGGAUGAAAGUUUCCUGAGCGACUAAACAGUUAAUUGGCGGCAGUUACAUCAACAGUUAUGUGUGUAUAAACUGGGGCGCCUUCACAAUGAAGUCGCUUCGUGUACUCAAGGGUAAAAUGAAAUGUACGAUACACGAGAAUGACAUUAUGUUUUUAAGGCCUCUGUGACCGAGAUCAUGGAAGAAAGCUUCCGUGAACUCUGAAAACUUCCUUUUACAGAUUUUAUAUGUUACCCCGACGGUUAUAUAAAGUUUAAGAUGGUUUCAUGAAUGUCGAAGAAACAUGUAGUAGUUUAGUUGUUUUUGACAGCGUUUGCUGAUUUGUCAUCAUUUAAGAAUUCAAGAAUCUUGUAAAUAAACUCGUUGAAAUUAAAGUUAACACUUCUUCAAUAAAUAAUAAUGGGGGAUAAUUCAGGGUCGGACGAGGAAGAUUAUAUUGGUUUCGGGUUUGCCACAAGGAAACUUGAGGCUCUAUAUGACUAUACAUAUAAAGAUGAUUAUGGCAAUAUCGUGCAUAUGAAGCGAGGAGAGCAAUACCAUUUGUUGGAAAAGUCUGGGGAUUGGUGGGAAGUUUUCAGAGCCGGGGACUCGACAGAUCUUUCAUUUUAUGUCCCUGCAAAUUACGUUAGAUUUAUAGAUGAUAGUAAAAGUAAGGCUGCAGACAAACAGCAACGUGAUUCAGAUGAAGGGGAUCCAGGAAGUGAAAUAAGUUCACUAGCUCUUGACUCUCAUACAUCUUCAUCUCUCGAAAAUGGCAUGAGUAAUGCAGCCGAUACUGAAGAAAAUCACGAAACACAACAAGCGAUGGAUAUAUAUGCCAACACUAAUGUGAGUACAUUUAUGACAAACAAUAAUGUGGACAUUUCAUCUAAAAAUGGCAGCAUAACGGUACGACCUGGCAUGUACCGUAGGAGUUUAUCCAAUGACGAUGGAGGUGAUUAUAUGAACUUAGACACAUUACGAGAACAAGCAGGAUUACCUUCAGCACCUAAGCCACCUGUUAACGAUGAGGGUGGCAGCAUUUAUGCCAAUCUUCAGGACCUGAACAUCGUACCACAAAUAGCUGUGACAACGCCCUCUCCAUCACCCCAACUCUCACCAGAGGAGCCCCCUAUUCCUGACGUGAAAAACUGCCCCCUCCAAAGGACCUUACUGAACGUCUGGGAUGUAUAUCUUGACCCCAUCACAAAGCGUAAUUUCUACAUCAACAAAGAAACCAAAGAAAAGACAUGGAAACCCCCGCGAUAUCCAAAAAAGUCUAGGAGUAUGAGAGGCACUGCCACAUCACAAUACAUUGGGCAGCUUCAGGAUAGAGUAGACAUCCCGAAGUCGGCCCCGGUGAGUGUACGUGUGGAGACCGUGGGAUCCGUUCCGGAGGGCUGGACUCUGGAAACCUGUCAGGGGGUGCAUUACUACAUCAACAAACGAACACAGGAAAAGUGGGGUACCCACACAGAUGAGAGCGGAAAGCCUUACUACUACAAACUAGACAGUGAUGAAACAGCAUGGGAAUUACCAGAGUCAUUUGAGUGGAGUGCAUUCAACAGACGUGCUGCAUUUAAACAUCAAUCAACUAAAUCGGUUUUGUUGUUAACCCCAAACGGAGACCCUGCCAGUUCUGCGACCAAUCUUCCGCGAUCCAGAUCUCCUCAGCGCGGGGCUUCUCAAAUCCCACGCUCCGUUAAGACACAGUCUAUGUUUUUGGAAUCGCACCUCAACUUCGGGAGCUUUCAGGGCCAGCUCCCUGGGGGGCUUAUGUCCAAGUCUUCUACGCUUCCAGUGAACCCAUCCUCGGGACUGGUGCCCGAGGGUGGGCAUCUACCCAAGUCUCAGACCCUGCCCUAUAACCUUCAGGGACUAACACCAGGUGGCCCUGAAAUUGACAAGAAACAGUUUCAUCCUGGGACGUCUAAUCAAGGGCAGGAAAAGAUAUGUGGAAUGCUCAAGAAGCGGAUAAUUGUGGAGCUAGGAAAACAGGUCAAGAAAAGCUUUAGUCCCUCGUUUGUGAAACUGUUGGGAACCAACCUGGUGUUUUAUAAGAACAGACAGGCAGCCACACAGCAGGGUUCCAAACAUGGCAAGCCCGAAUUUAUUGAACCUCUACAGGGCGCACAUGUGGACAAGUAUCCAAAUAAACGCCAUAGUAAUGUCCUAGUGCUGACAUCAUGUAAUAAGAAUCAGUACCAGCUGCAGUUGGAGGACGAAAUUGACAUGCAGAGAUGGUUGUCUACUCUAGAACUCACAAUCAAAGAACUGGGUCCAUGCAUGGUUGACCAGCAGCUGCUGCUGCAGGUUCCCACUGGUUCAGACAGUUUGAAGAAAACUCCAUCAAUAAAGCAGAAAAGUCGGAAACCAUCGGAGAAAGAAGAAACAGAUGAGGAAAAGUCCAAAUUCAAAACAUUGUUUGAGAGAUGGAUGAAAGACCCACAAAGACCUACCAAGAAACAGCUUGAGGACAAAGGCAUAAUAGAUUAUAAUGUGUUUGGUGGUUCGUUGAAGCAGGUUUGUGAGAAGGACAAAUCUAAGGUACCAAAGUUUGUACAACGAUGUGUCGCAGCCAUAGAAAAAAGAGGACUGGAUCAGGACGGAUUGUACCGAAUCAGUGGAAACAUGGCCCAGAUCACUAAGUUACGCUCAAUGUUAAAUAUGGAUUUGUCAGCAUUGAUGGGCGAAUCCUCUGAUAGGUUUGAUUACGACCUAGACAACCCUGAACUUUGGGACAUACAUGUAUUGGCUGGAGCGCUCAAGUUGUUCUUCCGCGAGCUGAAGGAGCCAUUAUUUGUCUAUGCUCAGUUUGACAAGUUUAUAGCUGGAAUUUCUAAGAAGACGCGAUCCGAUAAACUGAAACAGUUGAAAGAGCAAGUUAACGCAUUGCCAAAGUAUAACUAUGAGACGCUUAAGUUUCUGUGUGCUCAUUUAAUGAGAGUUGCAGACCAGCAAAGUGUCAACAAGAUGUCAUUCCAUAACUUAGCGAUAGUGUUUGGACCAACUCUAAUGUGGAAAGAAAUGGACACAAACUUCAUGGCCCACAUGGUGUUGCAGAGUCAGAUUGUGGAGUUUGUCUUACUGGAAUAUAAAAACAUAUUUAAAUGAUCCAUUAGAUCAUCAAAUAAUGAAAACUUAUCUCCCUUCAGUGGAACUCUUACUGGUGGAAAAUUUGUUUUUCUGGAGUGCAAUUAUAGUUAGAGUGAUCUCCCUUGAUGAGAUGUUAGAUGGUGGAGUGGAAUCGUUUCCACUAACAAUGAGUGAUAUACUAGGAUUUCUACUACAAGGAAUGUGUCUAUGUUGAAGUGAUCUUGAAGUGAAUGAUCGGCACUCGCCCGGUAAUACAAAUUACUCGGUAACAUGCUCUUUUCAUAAUUCUAGUUUUAAAUUUAUGGAAUUUGAUACAAAAAGAAAAUGAAAUUUUCUUUCUUGGAUGUAUUAAUAGAACUGGAAGUUGAUUCUGAGCAUAACUUUUCCUUAGUAUAAUUGUGAAUUUAAAAUCUCAUCAGAAAGUAGGAUGAAGUGUUCAAGCAAAUUAGUACCAGGUAUUAAGGAAACAGUGCUUGCUUUUUUGUAUUCUUCAGUUUUUUUUUGUUUUUUUUUUCUUUAUUCAAUUAAACCACAGAGAAAUAGAAGUGUUCAAUAUACAUUAGAUGGAAAUUGUAGAGAAAUCCUGUCAUUGUGCUCAGGGGAUGACAUCAUGUACAUGUAUUGACCCUGUUGGCACUGUGACACCCAUUGUACACAUGUGUGUCAUACAUUGUCGUAUUUGACAGGAGAGACGAUACCAUGCAUUAAGCAUUAACAACAAUACAGUUGACCUGUGAUUUGUUAUUUGUAGUAGAUCAUUUGUUUAUUUAUUUUGAUGUCAUUAGUCUACAAAGAAAAUUCAAUUAAUAUUUCCUUUUUUUUUUUCUUGUCUACAAAUAAAAUUUUCAAUAUCAUUCCAUUAGUUGACAAAUUCAUGAUUCAUACAGAAAUAUGUUUGAAGUGAGAUUUUUCAAAAUCAACAAAACGUGAUUUGUUUAUUGAUACUGAAGUCACAAAUACUCUCAAAACUCAUUUUUAAAAAUAAUUUUUGGUGGAAAGAUAGUUAGAGUUAUGCUUGAUCCAAUAAUACUGAGAAGAUUGAUAGGAAAGUUCCUGCUUCAACACUGAAUACCAACAUUACAACAGCAUUGCAUUUAUAUCAGUCAAAUAUACUUCUGUAUAUCAAAAUUCAUUUUCAUUUUAAUGUGUAUAUAAACUGUUGUUUAAAUAUAUCAGAUCAUACAUAGUAUAUUUUAUAUUAAUUUUGGUAAAGUAAAUGUGUACCAUAUUUAUCCUCAAAUUAGCCCCUCUCCCAAGUGUGAAACUUAGAACGGGAUUCAAGUUUAGGGAGGGCUUAUCUGUGAACCACUUUUUCUUUACUCUUUUAAAAUUUAUGAUCCUGCAAAAAUGAAGAAGAGUGCUCAUUUGUUGUCAGGGGCUUAUUUGUGGAUAAAUACUGUAGUGUUUUCAUUUUGUAUCUAAGUUUCCACUUCCUCAGUAUCUGUAUAUACAUGUGGUACAAAGACAUCUGAUAGGGUUAAGUUUUGAGCAUUUCUUAUUAUAGGGAGUUAGUUUUGAGUAUUUCUUAUUAUAGGGAGUUAGUUAGGGAGUUAGUUUUGAGUAUUUCUUAUUAUAGGGAGUUAGUUUUGAGUAUUUCUUAUUAUAGGGAGAUAUAGUUUUAAGUAUUCCAUGCGAUAGGGAGUCAGUUUUGAAUAUUCCUUGUGAUAGGGAGUUUGUUUUAAGUAUUUCUUACGAUAGGGAGUUAGGUUUGGAUAUUUCUUACGAAAGAUAGAAAAAUUGGGAUUGGGAUAUUAUAUUGGAUUAAUAGGAUUGUUAACCUGGUUUCACAACAUUUGAAUUUCAAUGAUAUGCCUUAGUAAGAAGUGUAGAAAGUGUUACCCAACAAAAUGAAAAUGCUACUCUGUACUAUUUCAAGCUCAAUAGCAUACCUCCUAAUAUGUACAGGAUACCAGCUGUUCAGGUGAAUGUGGGGUAUCAGCCAAUCAACAUCAUUUUCUGUGUAAACAAUUCAUAUUUGUAUGUUCAUUCAUGAAUAAUCUUCAUUUUAUGCAUUCCAUAUACAAAAAUGUUUUUGAUUCCAUUUCUUAAUCACUUAUCACAAUAGUUUGUUUUUUUUUCUUUUUUUUUUUUUUUUCUUUUUUUUCUUUUUUCUUUUUUUUUUUUUUUUUGCAAUUCCUAAUUCAAAUUAAAAAAAAAAAAAAACAACAGAAAACAGUAGAAUCUUUAUCUGGCACUGUCAUGUCCAGGAGCAGGGGAGAUAACUCUAGUUGUAUAAGUUGAAGCUGUAGUGUCCUCAGAAUCCUAUACUUAAUCAAGGGAGAGAGUAUCUUUAAGGAAAAGUCUUAAGGAAAAAUCUUAGCUAGGGAUCUUUCCUUUAAUUCUGUAAUAAAGAAUUUCAUUAAGUUAAAGCAUAUUGCUGCAACUGAGGCCUAGUGUGUUACCAGAUCUUCAUUGUGUAAACACAGCUUGAUUUCUGGUAUGUCUGCUCUUGUCUUGUCAGUGUCUUGGAUUUCAGAUAUUGCAGUGAAGUAGAUUUUGUUUUAAUGUGACUUAUGUUCACGUGAAUUUGCAUCAAUUAUCAACAAUAAAGAUCUCCCCUUUGCAGAGGAAUUUUAAACCCAAGGAUAGGUUUUGUUAGAUUUACUGUAAGGAUUUGAUGAGGGCCAAAGUCAAUCGAAAUCUUAUUUCAACAGUUGUUGUCUUAUUUACAUCACAUCAGAGUGAUUGACUAUUUUCAUUCCACACUUAGUUACCAUAAAAAUACUCUUGAAGUUGUAAAAGUCACCCCAAUACACAAUACAAUCAUGAAUGUCCUGUGAAGUGUUUGACAAAAUCAGGGAAAUUAUCCUAUUGUGAUGACAUUUUUUUCUGCAUAAUUGAUAAUAGUGGUGGUGUAACUUUCAAAACCAAGGCACAUGUUAGCUAAAUGAUCCUUUCCUUUGCAAAAAUGUGAAUGCAUCUAAAGUGUGCGAGAAAAAAUUAUGAAUUUCAGAAAGAGUUAUAAACUCAUUACAAAAAGAAUUACAUAUUAAAAUACACCUAAAUAUCGUGUAUAUAUAUAUAAAUAAAGUGGUAAGUAAUCUACAUUCAUCCGAUUAGAUAAGUUAUAUAUAUCAUUUCACACACACAUCUCUCUGUACCCGUUAUAGGUACUGGGUAAGUGUCAUUGUGUAUACUGGUACUUAUAAGAAUACCUAGUAUACAGGAUGGCCAUAUAAGGUAAAAAAAUUAUUAUAUAUAAAGGAUCACCAUAUAAGGUAAAAUAGUGUCACAAUGUUGUACAUUGUAUAUACAGGACCACCAUAUAAGGUAAAAUAGUGUUACAAUGUUGUACAUUGUAUAUACGGGAUGGCCAUAUAAGGUAAACAUUGUUACGGUGUUGUAUAUACAGGAUCACCAUAUAAGGUAAAACAGCAUUACAAUGUUAUACAUUGUAUAUACAGGAUGGCCAUAUAAGGUAAAAAAAAUUUUUACAGUAUUGUAAUACAGGACUACCAUAGAAGGUAAAAUAGUAUUACAAUGUCAUACAUUGUAUAUACAGGAUGGCCAUAUAAGGUAAAAAAUUGUUACAAUGUUAUAUACCUGACGACCAUAUAAGGUAAAACAGUGUUGUAUAUAUAUGUGACGACCAUAUAAAGUAAAUCAAUGUGACAAUGUUGUGCAUUGUACAUAGGAGAUGACCGUAUCAGGUAAAAGGAAAUUAUAGGUGUAUCUCAUUGUACAGGUAUUUUUAGCAAGUUAAUCAUUGUGUACAUUUUUUUCAAAACUGCCAAAGUUACCUCGUGUCCUUGUUCGAGGACUCGAGGAAUCAUAUUAUAUUAUAUAACACGUGACUUUGUGUCUGUAGAUAUUACAUACAUUUAAUACAAUUUUGCAGUGUCUUUCAUGCAUUUUCCAAAUUAACACAUAUUCUUCAGAUAGUUUUCAACAUAAUCGUCAGAUGGUUUUAAUUAUUGUUUAGUUAGUAAACCUACUUUUUACAAUAGAAAAGUUAUUUUGUCAGAAGAAAAAUUAUUCAUUAGUUUUCCAUGAUCUGGAAAAUUCUAUUAUACAAAUAGAUUUUUUUUUUUUUUUUAAAUGUUUUACUUUUUCUGUAAAACAAUUUAGGCAGAAGACUGAAGUCAUGUGUGUUUAUUUCAAAGGGGAAGCAGUUGCCGCGUCCAUGUUACCAAAAAGUUUAAGGAAACAUCUACUAUGCAAAAAAUGCUACUAUAUUUAUCCUGAAAUAAGCCCAGGUGUCAUGAUAUAAAUUUUGCCUCAUAUUAGGAUAAUGGACUAACCAAAGAAAUAAGUUGACCUUGGUACUGAACUACAAUGAAGAUGGGUGGGCUUAUUAAGAGAUAUGGGGCUUAUUGCUGAAUAAAUAUGGUUUACAAUGUCUAAAUAUUCUGAUACUUCAGUUCAUUCCAUUAAUGACGUUUUGGAUCAGGUAAAAAACAUUCCCUGUUUUAGUCAGAAGAUUUCAUAAUAUUUUAGACAAGUUCAGACCUUUACCAUUCCCUAGAACACUCAAGUUUUGCAGCUAAUAGCUUUUGAUUGCAUUUAAUAUCGGCCAUUUGUGAAAUGUGUUUUUCAUUAUCAUAUAUUUGUUGCUGUGUGCCAGUUUAGAUAUUGCCAAACAUUACAGGUUUAACUUAGAAUCACAAAGUAUGACUUUAAAUUCUUAUGAAGGAUACAAGCUCUGCAUUAAAUAGGGAAUUUCAACUUUAAAUGUCUUAGCUGUGUUCGUAUGUAGGUAGAGGGAUAUGGAAAUUACUCUUGAGGUCAAAGGAUUUUCAUGUGUGCCAUACAAACAUGAUACGCUUCUCUCACUUCCUCUCACUGGAAUGUGAUAAAAAUCGACGGUGGUGUUGUGAUUACAUCAUUUUAGUAAAAUAAUAGUACUCUAGAUAACAUACAGAAAGUCACAAAAAAUACUGCGGAGAAAAAUUUAUGGUAUACCUGAGUAUGUUUAAAAAUUGAGGCGGUUUGUGAAUGUUUUACAGCAAUUUCAGAUGAUGGAAUUGCUGUGUGUUCCCAAAUUUUGACUAGAUAAUCUUCGGUCGAUUUUAUGUUUGUUUCCAUAUUUUGGCAGUAGAUGAUCUGCAAAAUUGCUGUUUGUUUUCAUAUUUUGACUAGAUAUUCUUACGCUGAAUUGCUGUUUGUUUCCGUAUUUUGGCAUUUGAUAAUCUUCUGCCGAUCAAAUGAAAAUGUUGAAGUUGUCUCCGAGUCUCUUGUUGACAUAUAGGUGGGGGGAAAAUGCCUCGAUUGUAAACUGUGAUGACGUUGGUGGUGGCAGAGAAUCAAAGUGUGUAUUGUCAAGCCUGGUGCUAUGUUAGAUAAUGUAGUAUAGUAUAUGUCCGAGUGCUUGUUUUGUCUGUGAUUUAAACACAAUAGUUAAAGUUUUAUCAAAUCUGGACGAUUUUUGUAAACAAAUUUAACGAUAACAGGAAAUCCAAGGAAAAGUUAAAUACAUAUAUAUGUAUUCUAAAAUGGCAUUAAACUCUUAUGCAUUCACUGUUGACAAUCUGAUUAAGAUAAUGGCUUCGUUUAAUUUGUGUUACAUCUGAAUGUCAAUCUUUAAGACAUUCAUGUAUACUGUAAAUGUGGUUAUUUCUGUGGGGGGGUUAAUUUCGCGAUUUUGAUAGGUAAACUAUACCAGGGACAUAUAAUAAAUUACGGAAUAUGUACCUGACUAUACACAUGAGGGUUAUUUUUGCAAUUGACUAGAUAAUCUUCUGUUAAAUUUAUGUUUCUUUCCGUAUUUUGGCAGUAAAUAAUCUUGUGGAAUUGCUGUGUAUUCCCAAAUUUUGACUAGAUAAUCUUCGGUCAAAUAUAUGUUUGUUUCCAUAUUUCCGCAGUAGAAAUUUGCCCCCCCCCCCCCCUCUCUUAAUUUCAACAUUUAUAGUAGUGCAAAGUAAUUGGAACCUUGAACAGCUGUUUUAAUCAGAUUGUAUAAUGUAAACAUUUUUCAGCGAUAAUCUUAGAAAUCAUUAAGCAUUUUUUGGGGGGUAUUUUCAAUGAUUAUUCGUAAAUUUUUGAGUAUUUUUGCAGUAGUUUGGGUAUUAGUGAAACACGCCCAAGUUUGGGUAUUAGUGAAACACGCCCUGUUUGAUCAUCAUGUUGAUGUCGUCUCUACAAUUCGUAGUUUCCUUGUAGACUGUAGCUCGUUGUUUGGGACCUUGUACAAGCCAUCUUUGUUUUGACUGAUGUGUCUGAAUUUUGGAUUUGUAAAUGAAGUAGGUACAAUGUACUUUUGAUUGGUUUUAAUGUGUAAAGUUGAAUUUUUAUUAAGUGUUUGCUACGAUUAUUGUCACAAAAGUAGGUCGUCUGAUACCAGUUUCAUGGACAUUCUUAAAGCACUUAAUUUUUUUUUGCAUUGGAAGGCAGAACUGGAGUUGAAGAAACAAUCUUAGUGAAGUAAAACUUCAAGUUUCACAGACAACUUGUUAUUAUGUUAAGAAAAAAUCUUUACUAUGGAAAGAUUUCUUAGAUUCUGCAUUGCUGUUCUACAAGAAAUUUAAUGUUUAGGAGUUUUGAUGAAACUGGAGCCCGCGAUGCCAUUUAUUAAUUCUAAAACUCAUAAUCAUGUUCAUGAUUUUUGUAGUGAAUUGUACAUUAGCUAAAAGACAUUAUGCUUGAUAUGUGGAAAUUAUCAAAUACAUGUUUAUAACUGGACUGAUGGGUAGUAAUCCAUUACAUAGAUACAUUAUAAGAUUAAAGCUCAAUCAGAAUUGCAUGAUUAUAGAAUUAACAAUAAAAUGAGUAUUUAAUUUAAGAUAAAUUCAAGGUAUUGUAUCUGAAUACAAUAUUCAAUGAUUAAUUCUAACUUUACCAUGUUAUGUUUACCUGUGAAACAUAUAUAUGACGCCCCAUGAGAAACGGAAUCUUAAACUCGUUGGAUGUAUUAUACUUUUAUCAUAUCAUACCAAUUGCGUCAUGUCAUGGUACAUAAAACCAUUCCUAAUAUUGAUGGUUUUUAUACAUGUACGUGUACAAGGCAAUAAGUUCAAGAUUAUUCAGACAUCGAGGAUUUAUAGUGUUAUAAAUGUUAAAAUAUAGCCUAACAUUAUGUAUAUAUAUGUUGAAGGCUUGAUGAAUUUUCUAAAUGUUAAUCUUGCCUAGAGCAGAUGAUUUAAUAAAAUGCUGUACAUUCCAAACUGAAUAUAUGCAUAGUGUUUAAAAAAAAAUAUGUCGAAGAAAACAUUGUUGCUUUUAUCAUAGACUAUUUUGCUAUAUUGUUAAUUAUGGAAUAUUAUGCAGAUAUUAUAUUAAAUGUUUAACCAUCAAAACUAACAUGUUUUCCACGCUAAGUGAGGUGAUUAUUGAUUGUACAAUAUAUAAGAGACUAUAUCAAAUAAACUGUUUUAACUAAGA